AUGGCGCCACGCAGGCAGCGCAGCAGAAGCAGGUUCAGAGCACGUCUGGAGGAAAAGCCCAACGGCAGCCGUUGGCGCCCCUACCAAAGGAAAUCGCGCCGCUCCAGGAGGUCGAGGUCAAUCUCUAUCUCAGAGGACAGGGGACGAUGGAUGGAACGCAACACCCCAAGAAACUCUCUUGUAUCACGAGAAUACGGCCGAGAUAGCCGAAGGCUGGACAGCCGGAGCCCAAGCGGAAGCUCAGACAGAAGUGUACGCACGAGCAGGAGAGCAAUUAGGCGAAGCAGGGACCGGAGCGAAAGUCGAGGUAGAGACCCGAGGCGACGACGAAGACGUAGGAGAAGCAGCAGUAUUAGCAGAAGCGUUAGGUCGAGGCGCAUCAAAAGCAGUGAAACGCGCAGAAGGCGAAGAAGCUUCACGCGAAGUUCAAGCCCAUCCAGUGGUGGUACUACGAGCAGCGACGACAGUAUCCAAACAUUGGGAUAUCGCGGUAGCAGAUCUGAUAGGAUACGUGAACACAGGCGUUUGCGCAGCGGUAGCAAGUUCAGAAGCCGAAGCAUUGAACGUACUCCCGAAACACGCAGCCGUCGCCGAUCAAGGAACAGGCGUCAUAGACGCGACGUGCGGCAUCGUAUCUCAAGGGGCAGUUCAAGACAAAGCCCGACAUAUGACGCAGAACGCACGAUAACAGAUGAAUCUGUACUGUUCAGGGGGGACUCACGUGAAGACAAAAGGGGGGAGUCCGUAACUAAGGACCUUGUUGAGGACACAUUUGCGGUGACGGACGAAAAUAAAGCCGAUGAUGCAGUGGGUGCCGAGCAAUAUCCGGAUUCUGACGAUAUGCAAGGAUUCCCACCGCCACAACCCUACCAACAACUGGAGGACUUUUUCGAACCAAAACGGCAUGGUGCGGAAUCCGCUGUACCUCCGUUACCAGAGAUUCUCCCGUAUGGGGACAAGGUCACCCGUUACCAUUCUCAAGACGUACAUUUUCAGGCGCAGCAGGCGGACGAGGAUGCGCGUGACAAGUGGCACAAACAAAUGAUCGAUUUGGUCGAGACAAAUGCCACAUAUAUUAGAAGGCGGCUUGAGUUAAAUGACCUCAAGGACGAACGUAGCACGUUUAUAUCACGCCAGCAUGAAAACAAAAUUAGUGCACCCGUAGAUGGGUAA